AUGGAGCGGUACUUGAAAUUCUGCAACGACUACUCAAGUGACAUCGAUGCAGCCUUUGCCUCCCUGCCUAAGUAUUCGACCGAAGAUGCAACCAAGAAUCCGCCAGUGGCUGGCGCUUCCACCGCUAAUAAAGAGUCUCCGCCCAACCAGGCACCACAAAACAAGUCCUCUCGACCUGAGACCCUGUCCGAUUCAGCAUCAAAGGACCUCUCAGUGCUGCUCCUAUCACUCCGCAAACUGCGAGAAGGCGUCGUUGCAACCGCGUCCGAGACUCCGUUGGAGUUUGCACAGCAUGUCCACGUCUUCUGCAUUCGAAUGGGAAUCCUUGCCGCACACCCUCCGUCCUAUUAUGUGCCACUGCGGCGUUUGCUUCAUGAGCUGAACGAACCAUCGAGCGCCCUCAGUGAAUCCGAUUUGCACGAGUUUACCUCCUACCUCAUUCUCGACUAUGUCUGCCGGCGCUCUGACCUCAACCUUGCAUUCGAACUCCGCGCAAAGUCUAAAGCCGCCUUUGGAUAUUACAACAUCACUGUCGAUAAUAUCGUUUCUGCCUUGCUGCAUGACAAUUGGGUACUCUACUGGAAAUCCGGGAGGCAUGUGGACGGGUAUACGAGGUCACUGAUGAGCUGGUCUGAUUCCUAUAUGCGAUGCAGGGCCCUCAAGGCUAUCGCGAAAACUUAUUUGACGGCAGACAUACGCUUUAUCAUCGAAUGUUGCACAGGUUCGCCAGACGGCUGCACGUGGGAGGAAUUGGUCAAGUUGGAAGGUAUCGGAUGGCGAAGAGAAGGAGACAAGGCCGUAAUCCGGAUUAGGAAGCCCAAGGCUGCGUGA